AUGUUUUACGGGCGUACUAAACAUCGCCGGGAGACCCACCCGUUGUCUGUCUGUGCGACGCGGAUCCUCCGUGUCCGUAUGGCAGGAACUUUUGUUUCAACCGUUCAUCCCUCAUGUGUCAGUCGCACAAAUCCAAGUUUUUCUUGUACAAGUAUUACCCACAGGGUCCACGGUCUAACUCUAUUCCAGACUUUCGAAACCUAA